AUGAGUCGGCUUCAACACCCCAGAUUGGGUGUUCUAGAAGGCCUAACCAGUGGCAAUGUUGUGCAAUUUCAUGGUAUCAAGUAUGGUUCGUUAGAUCACAGAUUUGGAACACCGAAGAUGUACAGUGGCCAGAAAUCAUCGGGGGUCGUGAAUGCCAGAAAACUCGGCCUGCCAGUUCCAGACUUUCCACCACAUUCAGAUACUGAGUGUCUCAAUCUCUCAGUCACUAUUCCAAAUGAUGGAGCUAGAGCAGGAAAGAAACUCCCAGUUUUUGUUUUCAUUCACGGAGGUGGCUUAGCCUUCGGCUCUGGGACCUGGCCGCAAUAUGAUCAAGCUAAAAUCGUUGGCCGUUAUCGUACAAACAUAUUUGAUUUUCUAACUUCCGAGGAGCUACGAAAAGCAAAAUUCAAGGCAAACAACGGUCUUCGGGACCAGAAGGUUGCAUUCGAGUGGGUUAGGGCGCACAUUGAAAGAUUUGGAGGUGAUCCCAAUCAAGUCACUGCCGUUGGGCAGAGCGCUGGAGGAGUGUUCAGAAGAGCUAUUCCAGCGCAUGGUCGUUUUGUCCGGAUCCUGUCUUCUUCGCAGACUAGUAUCCUUGGAUAUUCAUGA